AUGCCUCAAUUUGAGAAUCUAUUGCCGGCCAAUGGCCAAUGGAAACAAGACGUAACCAAUUGGCUACAAGAAGAUGUGCCUAGCUUUGAUUAUGGCGGUUUCGUAGUGGGAUCAGCAAGGAAAGAGGCUACUUUACUAUGUAAACAAGAUGGUAUACUUUGCGGGGUCCCAUUCGCACAGGAAGUCUUCAAACAAUGUCAACUGGACGUGGAAUGGCUUUACAAAGAGGGUGAUGAGUUGCAGCCCUCUAAGAUUGACUCAGGAAAGCUGCCAGUCGCUCGAGUCAGUGGGGAAGCUAGAAAUAUCUUACUUGCUGAGAGAACAGCACUGAACUUAAUCAGCAGAAGCUCGGGGAUUGCGACUGCUUCAAGGAAGACAGUAACCACUGCCCGUAGAGUUGGAUAUAAAGGUAUCAUCGCAGGGACUAGGAAGACUACUCCGGGGCUUCGUCUACUCGAGAAAUACUCGAUGGUUGUCGGAGGUUGUGAUUCCCACAGGUAUGAUCUGUCCUCGAUGGUCAUGUUGAAGGACAAUCACAUCUGGUCCUUAGGAUCUAUCACGAAAGCUGUUCAGAGCGCCAGAGAAGCGUGUGGAUUCGCUGUCAAGAUCGAAGUCGAGUGUCAGACAGAGGAAGAGGCAGAUGAGGCCAUUGAAGCCGGAGCUGAUGUUAUCAUGCUUGAUAACUUCACUCACGACUCUCUCAAAGUGUGUGCCCAAAGUUUGAAACUAAAAUGGCAAGGCAAGAAACAGUUCUUGUUAGAAUGUAGUGGUGGUCUAAAGUUAGACAAUCUGGAGAACUAUCUCUGUCCCGAGAUCGAUGUUUACAGCACAAGUAGUAUCCACCAAGGAACUGGAGUCAUUGAUUUCUCGCUAAAACUUGACCAUUGA